AUAAAAAAAUGAUUCCAGUUGACCAUUGACUACUGCAAUAUAAAGGCCAGCUUCCUACUCAUACAAUCAUCACAUCACCACUUCAAUGAAGUUUAAAAUCAUUAUACUCCUACCUUUUCUAGUACUUGGUGUUCUAUCAGCAGAUUCCAUCUUGGAAGAUGAAGCAAAUGCUUUAAAACACUUCAAGAAUGCAAUCACUGAUGACCCGACUGGUGCACUCCUGGAUUGGAAUGCUGAUUCCACCCACCAUUGCAACUGGACUGGAAUCCAAUGCCAUAAUAUCACCAAACGUGUUAUUUCUAUUUCCAUUCAGGGAACACACAUCAAAGGCCAAAUCUCUCCCUUUCUUGGAAACCUUUCCAGCCUCCAGCUUCUUAAUUUAUCUUAUAACUCAUUCACUGGUAACAUUCCAUUCCAGUUGGGAUACUGCACAAAGCUUUUAUUGCUUGAUCUUUACACCAAUUCCCUCUCUGGCCCAAUUCCAUCUGAACUGGGAAAACUCAGGAAUCUGCAGACACUAGACUUGGGAAAAAAUUCCAUCACUGGAAUCAUUCCUGAUAGCCUGUGUGAUUGCACUUCUUUGCUACAACUUUAUCUUGAUGAUAACAAGCUCACUGGAAGCAUUCCUGGUGAGAUCAGAAAUUUGUCAAGACUACAAAUUCUUCAGUUGAAUGAAAAUUCUCUUUCUGGAAAUAUACCAUAUGAAAUUGGUAGUUGCAAAAAUCUCAAACUUCUGAGUCUAUACAGCAACAAGCUCACUGGAAGCAUUCCUGGUGAGAUUGGAAAUCUUCAGGGAUUACAGUUUUUGCGGUUAUACGAUAACCAACUGAACUCCACAAUCCCAAGAUCUUUGUUUCAGUUAAAAUCGUUAAUUAGUUUGCAACUGGGACAUAAUAAUCUAAGCGGGAAUGUUUCUUCAGAGAUUUCCUCACUGGAAUCUCUGGAGAAAUUGGCCCUUCAUAAGAACAAGCUUACGGGAGAAAUUCCUGCAUCCAUAUCCAGGUUAGUCAAUUUGUCUACAUUGUCAUUGAGCACAAACUUUCUCAUAGGACCACUUCCUUCAAGCAUUGGGUCUCUUAAUAAUCUCCGAAAGCUGAAGAUUCAGCGUAACUCUUUUUCCGGGCCAAUCCCACAAGAAAUUGGAAACUUAACUAGUUUGAUAGUGUUAGAUCUUGGGCAAAACCAAUUUUCAGGCACCAUCCCUGUAGAAAUCUCAAAUAUUUCUUCCCUUCAACGCCUUUCGACCGGUGAUAAUAAUCUACAAGGUCGGAUUCCUGAUAAAAUCUUUGAGCUUAAACAGCUCACUGAACUCUACAUGAUGAACAACAACUUUGAAGGUUCAAUUCUGAAUUCUGUUUCAAGGCUCGGGAUGCUUUCUCGGUUGGAUCUCAGCAGAAACAGGUUUAACGGGUCGAUUGGGGACAGCUUGACAAAACCGAACCGGUUGGUUUUGAUAGACCUGUCACACAACUUUUUCACUAGAUCAAUUUCACGGCCAGUGAUUUCAAGUAUGAAGAAUAUGCAAAUAUAUCUCAAUUUUUCAAACAAUUUUCUUACAGGAACUAUCCCAAGUGAGUUUGGGAAGAUGGAGAUGGUACAAGCCAUUGAUAUCUCAAACAAUAAUCUGUCAGGAGGUAUUCCUGUAACAAUUCAGAACUGCAGAAACCUGCAAAGUCUUGAUUUGUCAGGAAAUCAGCUUUCCGGUGCCCUCUCUAACAAAAUAUUCCCUACUCUUGACGUUCUUUACUACAUAAAUCUCUCAAGAAAUCAGUUGGUAGGAGAGAUCCCAGAAAGCAUGGCGAAUCUGACACUUCUUACUUCGGUUGAUCUUUCACAAAACAAAUUCAAUGGCACGAUUCCUGAAAAUUUUGGCAACAAUGUGGCAUUAAAACACCUCAAUCUCUCGUUCAAUCAUCUCGAGGGACGUGUUCCUGAUACCAAACUCUUCAAAAACUCUAGUGUAGUUGGAUUACUUGGAAAUCCGUCUCUGUGUGUUACCAAUGACACCAAGUCAUGUGCCUUCUCAACCCAAUCAAAUCAUUCACAUCAAAUAUCCAGAAAAGUGGUAUUUAUUUUCGCAAUAGCCGGAUCUCUAGCUUUGCUUCUUGUCUUAAUGUUAGGAGUUUUAUGUUAUUGUCGUGUUCGAAAACCGAAAGUUAAUGAAUCUGGUGAACCAAAAUUCACCCAAGCGUUCCCUCUCAAAAGAUUUGAUAGAAAAGAACUGGAAAGUGCUACUGAUGGAUUCAGUGAAAGUAAUAUUCUGGGAACAAGCAGUUUAAGCACAGUGUACAAGGGUAAACUAGCAGACGGAAAGAUGAUAGCAGUAAAAACUCUGAAUUUUAUAGAGUUUUCAGAAGAAUCUGAUAAGAGUUUCUACCAAGAAAUGAACACAUUAGCAAAACUGAGGCAUAGAAAUCUAGUGAAAGUGGUUGGUUAUGCAUGGGAGAGUGGGAAAUUAAAGGCUUUGGUUCUUGAAUACAUGGAAAAUGGUAAUCUGGAUAAGAUUAUACAUGACACUGGGAUUGAUCGAACAAGAUUUGAUCUUUCUGAGAGAGUUGAUGUUCUUGUUUCAGUUUCAAGAGGACUGGUUUAUUUGCAUUCCGAAUACGACUUCACCAUGGUUCACUGUGAUUUAAAGCCUUCUAAUAUUCUUCUAGAUGAAAAAUGGAAUGCUCAUGUUAGCGACUUCGGGACAGCUCGGAUUCUGGGAGUUCAUCACCAGGAUGGAAGCAGUGUUUCUUCUGCAUCAGCAUUUCAAGGUACCAUUGGUUAUUUGGCACCAGAGUUUGCAUAUAUGAGAAAAGUGACAACAAAAGUAGACACAUUUAGCUUUGGGAUAGUAAUGAUGGAAUUUAUCACUAGAAAAAGACCAACAGGACUCACCGAAGAUGACAUAACUUUGCCACAAUUGAUAGAACAAUCACUUUCAAACGGAAUCAAUGGGCUGAUUGAAAUUGUAGAUCCAGAUUUGGCUUCCGAUUUCUCCACAAUACACGAUGUUGUAGCACAGAUUCUUCAGUUGGCUUUACGCUGCACUCAACCAGAUCCAGAUGAUCGACCAGACAUGAACGAAAUCUUAUCUUCGCUUACAAAGAUCAGCAAGAAAGUGUAGUUAGGGUUACAAAUAAUUUCACACCAAUAAUUAUUAAGUUUCAUUUCAAGAUUUAUGCAGUUUUAUAGUUGCUUA